CGUUGCACGCGAAUUCUGCUACAGUGUGCAGUGUCCCGCGCAACGCGACGGUAUUGCGGAUUGUCAAGAGCAUCGUAAAACUAUUACGUAUGAUCGGACCGGAAGCAACUGGACAUUAAUUCUUUUCAACAUUUUUUAUGAUAAGGUUUAUUGUUUUGAUUUAUGACGGUCUUAUGACGGUUCUUACGGUUUAUGACUUAUAACACUCGGCAGGCCUGAACGCACAUGGACAAAGUUCUCGAUUGUAUACGUAUGUGGCUCGCGGUUACAAAUUAGCAUCACUGAUACCUAUUAGCUUCAUAAUCGAAACUAGCAGUGUUUGAAAAUACCUGAAAAUAAAAUAGAAAACUGGUUACGUAGAAGAAGAAGAAGAAGUGAAGACAUUUUUUUACUUUUUAACGCAUUUCCACUUUUUUAUACGACGACAAUGUGUGAAAUCGAGUCGCAAAAAGUUCUCCAGGACGAACAGUGUUUCGAAAUAAUUCGCAAGAAGCUGCGACAAGAUGCGAUGGACGACUUCUUGUUGAUCAACUACAAGAUUGUGCCGAUAGAAGAGGUGAACGGUUUCGUGGGUCAAUAUUUUACGCUGAAAGCUACCGUGGCUUGUCCGAAAUCACCGCUAGAGACGAAGAGCAUAAAUUUCUUUACCAAGUUGCCACCGCCGAUCAACAGUCCGUUGUACGAGUUUGUUCAAGAGUACGGUACGUUUAAGAAAGAAGUGGCUCUUUAUACAACGGUAUUUCCAGAGAUGUUGGAUAGUCACGGCGAAAAAUACAUCCCGGAAUGUUUUCUCGGAGUUGAGGGCGAGUUGAUCGUCCUCGAAGAUAUGGUACAUAGCGGCUAUACAAUGGCCAACAAGUACACGCCCUUUGAUCUUGAACACUGCAAGAUUCUGAUGAAGACACUCGCCAAGUUCCAUGCGAAGUCUCUUAUCUUCGAACAACAGUGUAAGAAAACUUUGCACGACAAAUAUUCUCAUUGCCUGCAAGAGACUCUCUGGCCACAGCAGGGUACAGCAAAGCCGAUGUUCGAUGCCGCUGUAAAAGGCAUCGUUUCGAUGAUCGAUUUGUUGCCCGAAUUAAAUGACGAUCAGCGCAGUAGCUUCAAAGAGAAGAUUGCAAGAUUAUGCGCAGAUCACACGGUUAAACUGUUACCAUCGGUAAAGCACAAAAAUGUGUUAUGUCAUGGUGAUUUAUGGGCUAAUAAUAUAUUGUUUAAAUACGACGCCGAUGGACAACCUGUUGAAUGCUGUCUGAUCGAUUUUCAACUAGCAAGGUACAAUCCACCAGCACAUGACAUAUUAUGUUUUCUCCAAUUUUCGACCACGCGAAAACUACGAGAGAGUCACAGCAAUAUGCUUUUCAAAAUUUAUCACGAUUCCAUGGCGAUUAUAAUGAAAGAAGCUGGUCUAAAUAUAUCAGAAGUCUUCUCUUGGGACGAAUUUAUGGAGUCUAUCCAAGAUUUACGAGUUAUGUGUAUGAUUCAUGGUGUUUUGAACACACCGAUCAUGCUGCUAGAAUCUGAUGCGGUUGGUAAAUAUUUUUCCGAGGAGCCAGAGCUUCUUGAGAGUAUUCUAUUCGUUGACAGAACACCGCUUAUUUGCGAACAAUUUAAUGGAAUUCCGAAAUAUCGUGCUCGCAUGAUAGAUGGAUUAUUAGAAUUACAUGAUUAUAUAAAUAUUGACAAACACGACAUUAUUAAACUAGCAAAAUAAAAAAUACCACACUUUGUUUGAAGAAUACUGUCGUGAGAUAGAGAAUUUUAGAAUAAUAUAGAAAUUUCUUUAAUAAAUAUUUCUUUUUAAUAAAAAAGGAUUUUGAUUAUCUUAUCGCGAUAAUAAUUGGUCUUAUCGAUUAAAACAAACAUUUGCGUAUAUGUUCUUAAAGAUUAGAGUAGAAGAUUAGGUAGAUUGCGCGUGAUAUCAUCAGUACUGUGAUAUUUUUAAGAUACAUAAUUGUAUGAAUAUAUUUAACUUUAAAGUAGAAUGCCAACAAUAAAUCGUUGUUGUUGAUGAAAAUAAUAUAAAUAAAAUUUAUCUUGU